UGUGACGCUGCAUAACAGUGGUCCGCUGCGCAGCAAGCGACGCUCGACGCCCUGACAGGAAGAAUGCUGAGUUGCGCAGUGUGGCCAAUAAUAACGUAUCGGCGGCAAGAAUGUGAUGGCAGCCUGAGGGGAUACUGAGUAAGCGGUGGUCAGCAGAUGCCUAAGCUACGAACGAAAUACGUUCUGUUCAGAGGAAUGGAGGACACUCAGCAGUGCCAUGAUUCGCCGACUAACCAUAACGAAGACCUACUCACCUGUCCGAAACUGCAACUCAACGCCUUCAUACGCGACUACUUGCUAGUUUGUCUACCUGCAUUAGUGUUGACCUUCGAUCUCGGGGUGAGAAGAUGUCGACUGUGUGUCCUGGACCUGAAUCCACGUUUGUCUUCUCCAAUGGGAAAGGGCUCGGACUGCUGCGUGGAGUCGUCGUCCAUCGCGCUCGCGGGUUGCAGUGCCGGAGCAGAAGCAUCGCUUCCUGUCUCUGGCCGAUGGAACAUUUUUCAUUCCAAACCACUGUCCGAGCGGCCGUACGGCGUCGACCAACCCUACGCCUACAUGGCAGGCGCUACAAGCUGUCAACAAUGCCUUGUCGCAGCAUACCGACGUUUCCUAUUGCGGGCUUGGUUCAUCAGCACAGGUCAGCGGUUCGUUCUGUCAGCGUUCCGACCCUGUUUCAUGCUGCAGCAUGGUAUGGAGCCGCUAUCGGUCUUGAGGGUGUCAUUAAGACAGUGUCAGAACCAUUGCGCAUCACAAACGGAUUCAUAGGUUGAGCAUGAGCGAGAAGAGUGACUUAGUGCAUCGUGGUAAGGUCGGCC